CCUUCUACGAUGGCACACUAGCACUCUCUGUAAAUUUCUUUCAGCGGACCAUGUACAACCAGAAACGCGAUAUGUCUGAUCACCAGAGUAUUGAUUCUAGAGCCACCCAUAAGGGUGGCCAGUUUCAUCAGACUCAGCAGUUACUCGGCGUGUAUCCAUUCGCGUCUGCAACGCCCACUACUCAUGUGGCUCGCCACUUAAGUAACUUGUCUAUUACCGCUGCACCACCGUCGUACAUUCAGCCAGCGUAUUACUCGACACCAUCAAACUAUGGAAAUGCACCAAUGUACCAGAGCGAGUUUGCGCAGCUUUCGGCGAUGAACGUACCUCACACCGGUCCUGAGCGGACUUAUUGGGAUGCAACUCGGAGUGAUGCGUUUCGGUUAAUGGAAGACCAGUCUUCAACGAGUUAUUAUCCAUGUCCACCUUCCCAUUGGAACGAAUCAUCUGCAUAUUCCUCUUAUCAGCCAGCUCCAUUUGCACAAUCUGUCAUGCAACACGCGGUUCCAUAUAACGUGUACCCAACCCCGCCUCCUGCCCAAGUUCCCAUGAAUUUCUCAUCAGCGUCGUCCUCGUUAGCGAAUGCUCUUGGGUCUCCGACAACCAACCGUCGAACGUCCAGUGAAAGCAAGAAGCAACUACCGGCUUCCCAGAGCAACUCGACGGAUUCAGCACGAUUUUUCAAUAAUUUCUUGAAUGACCAGGUCAAGGAGCUCCCAAAAGCUGUUCAGCAGAGAAAUGCGCGGAUGGACUCGCGCCCUUCGACGCCAAUCAAACAAGCAUCAAACCCAGACCGGUUGCGCAUGGAUAGUGUACCACCAUCCAGCCCGCUCACUUCUUUACCUGAUUCACAAAGUUCUCCGAGGAAACGGAAGAUUGUAGAGGUUCUCAUUGAUACACCAAGUAAACGCCCAUCAACAAGCUCACACAUGGGACCAUCACAAGCUAUACAGCCUACCACCUCUGAAUUUAAUUCUGCAAAGGUUAAUAGACAGAUAGAAAUUACGCCAAGCCGUACACCGAAAAUGCAGGUCUACGUCGAAAUCACGCCUACUUCGAAAGGUUAUGUUACUCCAUCGAGGUCACGUAUAAAUGAGAAUCCGCCGAGCUCUGACCUUGGUGGAUAUGGCAUGGACUACGAGGAUAGGGAUGGUCGUAAUAAGGACGCAAUGAGCGGUGCUCGCUCAACAGGGAAAAGGACUGGAUAUAGGGAUGACCGAGUGCCGCUCGAAAAAUUCCUUAACCUCUUAGAAGACAUUUUCGAGGCGGAAGAUAAUAUUUCUGGGGAUGUUGAUACCGAUUCUUUGCCUGGAACCUUUUUCUCGCAGCUCAGCACUGAUCCAGCCAGGCCGCUUCUUCAUUCGACCAUUAUAGUCCGACUGACCAAAGCAAUAAGCAAAGUUGCUCGACCCACGAAACGAAUACGACUCGCGUCAGUUCAGUGGGAGGGAACCGCUCCAGGAAGUCCUCGCAAAGCUGGUGGAAUGGCCGAAGUCGAAGUUGCAACUCUCAUUCGUUUGCUCAAGCUCCUGGAAAGGAGCGUCCGAGCGGGUGAAGACUUGGAUCCUUUUCAACUGGCGACGGUGAAGAGAAUGUCUACUUCAAUCGAAAGGACAGAUGCGCAAACAAAAGCAGAAAGAGCGGGCUCGUCAAAGAACGAGGCUAGGAAUGAGGACGUCAAUAUGCAAACAGACUUGGACAAGGAAUCCACAGAUAUGACAAGCGAAGACUUUUCCAAGCUUGCAACCCUGCUUGAGACCGUCCGCGAUAGCAUUCUAGCUGCAGACUGUUGUAUUGCCUUGCUCACGAGCGAUCGACUUGCAAAACAGUUAUUCUCCGAAGACCUUAUUUCAUCAUGCUUGUCAGCAAUCAAGAAUGCAUUGACGAAUGUCAUUUAUCCCUUUGUCGAAGCCCCGUCAUCUGACGCACGCGAUCUCUCAGCCCUUCUCAUGCACGUUACGGGUCGAGUCUCUGGUGGCGCAGGGCCUUUCAAUGUUGCAGACCACCGGCGUCUAAUCGGACAGAUUUUCCAAACGAUGUCUGCGGUUUUCCCCCGCAUUACUAAUCUCAUCUGCGCCGAUGGUCUUUCCAUGCCCGAGUCGCUGAUAAUUCCGGCCGUUUAUAUUGCCAUCGGACCGUUCUUCGUCGUUGAAGGUGGUACUGAUUCUGAUAAUAAAUCCAAGAAGAAUACUGUAGUUGCGGUCAUCACAAAUACCCUGGGGGCCAGUGGAAUGCGUGGUCUUCGGUUGGAGGCUCUUUCCCUUGUACGAAGUAUAUUUGCCUACCAUGAAGACCAGCGAUCUUGGAUAAUUGAGGAGAUUCUGACAUCGUUAAUCAAGUUAUCCGACUCUAAGCAAAAGGCAGGGAUAUUCCGAUUGCGAGAUGGUCGAUCCAUACGAACAGUCUCUGCUUUGCUUCUACAACUCGUCCAAACAUCAGCACAUAGCAUCCGCGUUGAGGCGUUCCGUUUAGCAAAGUCACGUCAACAGCAUCUUGCGUUGAAACGCCAUGACAGCCACGGUUCUGCCCCUCAAGAGCCGUUUAUGGAUCAAAUAGACAUUGAGGAAGCAAAAUUGUACGCUGGUGGCCUGGAAGCGCCGACAAAAUCUGCCAAGGCGAUCGUUGCGUUUCUUACACAAAGGUCCGGACGUGGCAAAUCGACGAAGAACGCGAACGAAGUGGAAUACCGUGCUAUUCUGGACAACCUAAUAUCUGACCUUCUGCUCGUCCUCUUCUGGCCGGAAUGGCCAGCAGCGAGCCUAUUGCUGAGCAUAGUCUGCAAAUAUAUGAUCUCGUCGCUGGAAGACGUGAAAUCCUCCGGCAAUGAUAAUAAUGCUUCGAAGGCGAUGGCCCUCGACCACCUGGGUACAAUUGCGGGCAGACUACGAAGCAACGCGCAAAAAUGGUCCAAAGAGAGCGACGGCGGGGACCAGAACGCUGGGACGGCAUGUCUCAAGAGCCUUGACGAAUCCAUUUCAACACUUGAUAAGAAUGCCCUGAAAAGGCUUAUAAGCGUACACCAAGAAGUAUCUUCUCAUUUGUCAAAGCGUGCAUCUGAGGAUCACGGUUAUGAGAGUGCUCGAGAACUGAACGCGGUGAUUUGGGGACAAGAACUUGCAACUGCUUUGAUCCAGUUGAACGACUCUUUGUCAAGCUCGCAUGAAGAAGAUUGGGAUUCAAAUAUGAGGAUCAAAUAUCUAUCGAUUGGCAGUAAAGCGAAGUCCGCUCUUCGAGAUAUCUGGAAAGAUGCACCGACGGACGUAUUUGACAACGCGACGCAGGACGAGAUAGACAGAGCUGAUAGGCUCUCCCGACAACUGGGAACGACACAAUCUUUGAAGAACGCGUUUGACCCCAUUCUGAAUGUGGUAGUCAUGGCUUUAGAUGCACCCCCAGUUUUUGUCCGAACGAAGGCAUUACGUGCACUGAGUCAUAUUUUGUCAGUCGAUUCGACGGUGCUCUCAAACCCGAACGUUCGUCAUGCCAUCGAAAGCCACCUCUUGGACAGUUCACCGCAGGUUCGAGACGCGGCUGUAGAGCUGAUUGGGAAGUAUAUGAUAGAUUCUCCUGCUGUAGCAGGAGAUUACUAUCAUAGAGUUGCCGAACGUAUAGCGGAUACUGGACUAGGUGUACGCAAGAGGGUGAUAAAGCUACUAAAAGCAUUCUUCUACGUUACCGAUGACUUAGACCGGAAAGUCGAUACUUGUUCUAAAUUAGUCCUUCGGAUGCUAGACGAAGAUGACACUGUCAAGGAUUUGGCUGUCAAGACUUUGGAGGAGAUUUGGUUCUUGCCAACGGCAACAUCCGGCCAGACAGACAGGGGUGCAACUCUCGGAAUUGUUUCUGUGAUAAUGGGUGUUUGUAAUAUUUUCAAAGACCGCCAAGCACCGUUGGAAGACAUGCUUGGCAGAAUUGUCUCUGGAAAGGAAGGGGCUGACGCUUCUGCAAUGUCGACACUUCGUUCUCGCUUCACGGAGAUUUAUGAUGUUAUGAUUGAGGGUCUUGUUGACGCUUCUGACUUCGUCAAUUUUUCCGUCACGAACUGCAUCCGCACAAUUCAUUUGUUUACUGUAGCAUAUCCACCUGUCAUGACUGGUUCCAAAGCAUCUGUUUUGCUACCUUACCUGAAGAAUUCAACCUCGAGCGAAGAAGUUGCUGCUUCCGACUACAUUCUAAAGAUAUAUCGUAUAUCAAUUCCGCAUAUGCCUAAGGCUUCCAUGAAGUUCGGACAGGAACUGCAAGCCAUACUCCAACCUAUGGUGCUCAAGCCGAAUCUCCAUGGGACAUCACUGCAAGAAGUUGUAGCAUGCCUAUGCGCGGUGGUACGACAUCUAACCCACGACUUCACCCGCCUUGUCGCUUUGUUGAAGUCUUGUAUCGCGAGAGUACGACAAUACAUUACGAAACCUGGUAACACCCUCGAUGCCAAUGGUGUUCGGACUCUUCAUAUUUUGGUCCUAAUUGUCUCUCUUCUUGGUGAACAUUUCGAUUUCGACCAACUAAGGACAGAAAACACAGAUUUGUCUGGCCAAUUAGACGCCAUAGAUAAGGGGCCCAUCGUUGAACAUAUCUACAGGUGCCUUCUGCAGCUGUAUGAGAAAUACACUGAGGGGGGUAUCCGCGGGAGGUUGCUUGUCUGCUUGGGCUUCCUGUUCCGAGCUCGGCCGACUUUAAUGACCCUUGAAAGCUCAGCGACAAUGAUGGACGCUAUAUUUGCGUCAUCUGAGGAAGACAACCGUGGGCGGUUGCUCAGGCUGAUGCAGGAAUUUUUGGUCUCCGAGAGUGCUAAGCAUUCCGCACAGCAAGGCGGUCCUAGUAAGCCGAGCGAAAGCAUAAAUAUGGACGAACUGGUAGGAAAUACUCACGGCUUCGCCGAAUCUGGCGUCAGCUCGGCUAUAGUGCAGCGUUACCUCAGUCACAUUCUUGAGGCGGCAUUUUCGCCUGUCCCGCAAGUCCAGACGUCAGCUGUGGACAUUUUGAGUUUCACCGUCAAGCAGGGUCUCGCCCAUCCGCUUUUGUCUUUCCCCGUUAUCGUUGCUCUGGAGACCUCCCCAGUGAACUCACUGAGCUCGCGUGCUGUCGCAUUGCAUACAAUUUUGCAUCACAAGCAUACUUCAUUGCUUAACUCGGGUUUUGUCGCUGCUUGUCGGAAGUCUUUCAACUACCAAAAGAAGCUUGCUGCCGCCGAUAACGGUAAUCAUGAAUUACGGGGAUACCGCAUGCAGCCGACACCGACCGCAUUGCUCGGGCGAUGGUACGCUCUAGUUCGAGAAAAGCGAGCGACUCGGCAAGAGUUUCUACGUGCCGUCCUCAAGGUGUUCGAGCAACGUGAUUUUAGUAAAACCGAAGAGGAUACGGUGAACUUUGUCCGGUACAUGGCGGAGAACUUUGCGACAUUUGAUUAUCGGACGCAGGAAGAGGUGUUGACUGUACUGAAGACGUUGACACGGGAACUUGCCGAAUCAGGAUCGCUUUUAGUUGAGCGUAUUGCGCCGGGAAACUUGCUGGCUCAGUUGCAAUCAGCACCGCGAACUCAAGAGGGGAUGGAAAAUCAGGUUCAGCCUCCAGAGGGUGCAUCAUCAACAAGCCAAGGGCUCUCUUCUCUGCCCUUUGAUGAGCAACUCGCGUUAAUGAGAUCAACGUGCAUAGCUGGUAUAAUCAUGCUAUUAAAAGCACAUCUGAAGGUUCUGUAUGGCUUAUCGGAGGAGAAGUGUCAGAAGUUUGUUCUUGGGAAGAAAAGUGCAGUUGGGGACCGACCUGCUGCUCGUCGAAAGGAGACUGUGAUUUCUUGGGAUCGAAUGCCGUAUGCCGUGAAGCCGAUACGGACUCAUGAGGAUGUGGAAUUGCAAAAGGCGACGUUCCUUCAAAUAUGGAACGAAGACGGGGCAACUGCUGAACCAGACGGCGAAGAAUGGGAAUGAAUGGACAUACGCUGUAUUAUUUAAUUCUUAAUAUUAUUGAUGUUGUAGC